AUGACCCGAAGUUGCUCGGCAGUUGGCUGCAGCACCCGGGACACCGUGCUGAGCCGGGAGCGCGGCCUCUCCUUCCACCAAUUUCCAACUGAUACCAUACAGCGCUCAAAAUGGAUCAGGGCUGUUAAUCGUGUGGACCCCAGAAGCAAAAAGAUUUGGAUCCCAGGACCAGGUGCUAUACUAUGUUCCAAACAUUUUCAAGAAAGUGACUUUGAGUCAUAUGGCAUAAGAAGAAAGCUGAAAAAAGGAGCUGUGCCUUCUGUUUCUCUAUACAAGGUUCUUCAAGGUGUACACCUUAAAGGUAAAGCAAAACAGAAAAUCCUAAAACAGCCACUUCCUGAUAAUUCUCAAGAGGUUGCUACUGAGGACCACAACUACAGUUUAAAGAGACCUCUGACAAUUGGUGCAGAGAAACUGGCUGAGGUGCAACAGAUGCUACAAGUGUCCAAAAAAAGACUGGUUUCUGUGAAAAACUACAGGAUGAUCAAGAAGAGAAAGGGCUUACGACUAAUUGAUGCACUUGUCGAAGAGAAACUACUUUCUGAAGAAACAGAGUGUCUGCUACGAGCACAGUUUUCAGAUUUUAAGUGGGAAUUGUAUAACUGGAGAGAAACAGCUGAGUACUCCACAGAAAUGAAACAGUUUGCAUGUACACUCUACUUGUGCAGUAGCAAAGUCUAUGAUUAUGUAAGAAAGAUUCUCAAGCUGCCUCAUUCUUCCAUCCUCAGGACAUGGUUAUCCAAAUGCAAACCCAGUCCAGGCUUCAACAGCAACAUUUUUUCUUUUCUUCAGCGAAGAGUAGAGAACGGAGACCAGCUCUACCAGUAUUGUUCACUGAUAAUAAAAGGCAUAUCUCUCAAGCAACAACUUCAGUGGGACCCCAGCAGUCACCAUUUGCAAGGGUUUAUGGACUUUGGCCUCGGCAUACUUGAUGCUGAUGAAACGCCCCUUGCAUCCGAAACUAUUUUGUUAAUGGCCGUGGGUAUUUCUGGUCACUGGAGAACGCCUCUUGGUUAUUUUUUUGUUAACAGGGCAUCUGGAUAUUUGCAGGCUCAGCUGCUUCGUCUUACCAUUGGCAAACUAAGUGACAUAGGGAUCACGGUUUUGGCCGUCACCUCUGAUGCUACAGCUCACAGCGUUCAGAUGGCAAAAGCGUUGGGAAUACAUAUUGACGGAGACAACAUGAAGUGUACAUUUCAGCAUCCCUCAUCUUCUAGUCAACAGAUUGCAUACUUCUUUGAUUCUUGCCACUUGCUCAGAUUAAUAAGAAAUGCAUUUCAGAAUUUUCAAAGCAUUCAGUUUAUUAAUGGCACGGCACAUUGGCAGCACCUUGUGGACUUAGUAGCCCUGGGGGACCAGGAAUUAGCAAACAUAGAAAGACUCCCAAGAAAACUUGCAAAUUUGAAAAACCACGUGCUGAAGACGAACUGUGCUGCCCAGCUGUUCAGUGAGAGUGUGGCCAGCGCGUUGGAGUGCUUGCUAUCGUUAGGCCUGCCUCCUUUUCAAAACUGUAUUGGUACCGUCCAUUUUUUACGCUUAAUUAACAACCUGUUUGACAUUUUUAAUAGUAGGAACUGUUACGGAAAGGGACUUAAAGGACCUCUACUGCCUGAAACUUAUAGUAAAAUUAAUCGCGUGUUAAUUGAAGCCAAGACAAUCUUUGUUACAUUAUCUGACGCUAGCAAUAAUCAAAUAAUUAAAGGUAAGCGAAAACUAGGAUUCCUGGGAUUUUUGCUUAAUGCUGAGAGCCUAAAAUGGCUCUAUCAGAAUUACAUUUUCCCAAAGGUCAUGCCUUUUCCAUAUCUUCUGACUUAUAAAUUCAGUCAAGAUCAUCUGGAAUUAUUUCUCAAGAUGCUUAGACAGGUAUUAGUAACCGGUUCUAACCCUACCUGUAUGGCAUUCCAGAAAGCUUACCAUAAUUUGGAGACCAGAUACAGAUCACAAGACGAAGCCUUUCUAAGUGAAGUAAGCAUCCUUGACAUUUCAAUUGCUCGAAGGACAGACUUGGCCCUUUGGACCGUUCAGCGUCAGUAUGGCGUCAGCGGCAUAAAGACUCUUUUUCACAAAGAGGAUAUUUGCCGAGACUGGUCUAAUUGUUCGCUAAGUGAGGCGUUACUAGAUCUGUCAGAUCACAGGCAAAAACUCAUCUGUUGUGCCAGUUAUGUUGCAAAUAAGUUAUCAGCUCUUUUAACUUGUGAGGAGUGCAUCAGUGCACUGUAUGCAUCAGAUCUCAAGGUUGCUAAAAUUGGGUCACUGUUGUGUGUUAAAAAGAAGAAUGGUUUACAUUUCCCUUCACAAAGUCUUUGUCAAGUCAUAAAUAUUUGUGAGCGAGUUGUAAGAACCCAUUCAAGAAUGACAGUCUAUGAACUACUUCCUAAACAGAGAGAAUUGUAUCUUCAGCAGAAAAUAUUAUGUGAGCUUUCUGGGCAUAUUUAUCUUUUUGUAGAUUUAGAUGAACAUCUCUUUGACGGAGAAGUGUGUGCCAUCAAUCACUUUGUAAAGUUACUAAAGGAUAUAAUAAUCUGUUUCUUAAAGAUCAGAGGUAAAGAUGCAGCUCAGUACUCUUUAAAACACCAUUCAGAAAGAAUUGAAAUGAAAACUUUGCCAAGAAUACACUGGUCAUCAUUACAGGAUUACAGAUGUUCAAGUUUUGCUAAUACCAAUAAAUGCAGGCAUUUGUUAAGUAAUGAUGGAUAUCCAUUCAAAUGA